UUUCGCCGUAGGCGAUGAACGGCGAAUCUUUUUCUUGUUUUGGGUUUCGAGCGCAUUUUACUAACCUUGUGCACUUGUUUCGCGCGCUUUUUCAGUGGGCUCCCGUGCAUUUCGUAAUGUGAUUCGUCCAAAAUAGUUGCUAAUCGCUGAGAAUAUGUUAAUGAUUGCACUAUAUUAGUAGUGUGUUAAUAUAAACAACAUCAAGUAUGAUUGCUGAAUUGUGGAUUAUUUAGAAGUUUUAAGCUAUUAUUUUCAAUAAACCUCAUCUGUUAUUUAACUAAGAAUCUAUGGAUUUCUUACUUUGUGAUUUUCGGACAUUUCACUCGGAUCUGAAACUGACCGAACAGCUCAUUGAAGAGGCUGUGAGUUUUUUAAAGGAAGUGGCUCCAGUUUAUUUACAACAUGGAAACAAAAUUAACAAGAAAGCUCUCUUUGUGUGUGCAACAUUCAUUGCUGCUCAGGAUUUAUAUUCUAAAGGUUUGAACUCUAAAAAGGAUACCCUCCCUCAGAUAACAGUUUCAAAACUGCUUGAAAAAGCUGAUAUUAGCAUUAUGGAUUUCUUUUCUGUCACCCGUUUUCUAAAAACAAAUUACAACCUUAGUGAGAAAGCCAAACUAUAUUUCAUAGCACUAGAAAGAAAAUAUUUAAUUGUUAUUGCUCUUUAUGACAAGUUUGAAAGUAUGAUGGGAGAAAUAUUUUACUCCAGCAUGGACGUUGGCCAAACUUCUAAAAGUAAUAAAGAUUUGAAAGUGAAUGCAGUACUAAAGAAUCACAAAGUUCUUUGCUGGAUGUUGUUUAUAGUUGCAAAAGCUAAAGUUUUAUGGCAUAGACAAGAUUUACUUGCAACAUUCCAUCUACUUCUAUGUUGCAUUGGUGAAAUAAUAAAAAUCACACCUUCAUUUUUACUCCUGCCUCCAUUUGAUAGUAUUGCUGGAAGAAGCGAAAAUCCUUUAACAAUACUCGAAGCUUUGAGUUCCCAUUUCAAGACUGACUUUGAAGAAGUGAAAGCUGUAAACAAUGGAUGGUUGCAUGUUGCCGGUGAAUUGAUGGCAGAAAAUAGUCCUAUAGAGAUUAAAAAUCUAGAGCUUAUUUACUCAGACUUGUAUGCUCAAAAUGGUGAUAUUGAUGAAAGUGGUUUCCUAGUCAAAGAUUGGCAUCUAUUACCAUCUGUAUCAGAGAAUAUAUCUUCCCCUCGUAAAUUUUCCUCUAUGUCUGUGAGGAGAACUUUAGAUACAGCUGAGGCUCUAAAUACAAUUUUGAUGUCUGCUGAUGAUGAUAUAACUCAGAGCCUCAAACUUUGUUUACAAAAAUGUAACUUUAAUGCUUCUUCCUAUAUAAAGGAAUUUCUCAAUACAUCGAAAAUGCUAUUCGUCCAUCAAUUUGUGAAAGCCCAUGAAGGUAGUGAUGAGAGUUUAGCUGAAAGAAGAUUUACUCUAGCUUCUAGAUUCUAUUAUAUCAUGUUGGAUGCAUUGUUAAAAAAAGAAUCUGAACGUUUGUCACCCGCAGGAUUUUCUACUUUUAUUCAACAAAGUGUUUUCCACAGAUCUCUUUUAGCAUGCUGCCUUGAAGUUAUAAUUAUGUCUUGUGGAAAUAUAGGUUCUGUCAAUUUUACUCCAGUGCCUAAUGGAAGUAAUUAUCAAGCACAGGGCAUUGCUUUUCCAUGGAUAUUAGAAGUAUAUGACUUGGAACCAUUUGUAUUUUUUAAAAUCAUUGAAAGUUUUAUUAGAAGUGCGCCAACUAUUACACUUCAAAUCAUCAAUCAUUUGAAAUUAAUAGAAGACAAAAUUCUAGAUUCUCUAGCUUGGAAGUCGGGGUCGUCAGUUUUCCCUCAUAUAUCAGGAAAUGGCUGUUCUCCACCUUGUAGAGCUAAGCUCAGUUCACCUCAACAAUCUCCAGGAUUUUGGUCUCCUAAUAAGGAUAUUUCUCAGCAAUCGCCCAGCACUCCCCAUAGAUGCCAUGGAAUUAAUUUAUUUCUCACUAAAGUUUGUCGUUUAGGUUACCAGAGACUAGAAAAAAUGUGUAACCUUUUGGAUAUAGAUAGAGACACUUUAACUAAUAUCUGGACUUGUGUUGAACAUGUGCUUUAUGAAAAAACACACUUGUUAAAGGAUCGACAUUUAGAUCAGAUCAUUAUGUGUUGCAUAUUUGGUGUUUGCAAAGUAGCUGAGAGACCCGUUUUGUUUAAAACAAUAAUUGCCUGUUAUGGCCAACUAUCUAAUUUUUCCUCCACAGUAUAUAAACAAGUUCUAUCCAAUGGAAAGAAGGAGUUUAUAGUGCACUUUCUCAAUCGCGAGUUCAGUCAAGAAAUGCAAACUUAUAUCAAUAGUCUAUGUGGUAAUAAAAAAGAAGUUCUGUCUUCUACAACUUCUUCUCCUGUAGUUUUAUCUCCUUUGUACAGCUUGCCUGAAAAACGGAAUCUCUUUGUUACGACUCUCACACCCUCACCUUUUAAGAACCCCAAUGAAAUAAUAUUUCGUAAACAAUCUUUCAAAGUUGGUUCACUCACACAGUCAACAAAAAUGCUUCAAGAUAUAAAUAUUUCUUUGAAUUCUUCACCUAGUCCUGUAAGUAGCUCAACUAAAGGUAAAAAAAGAAUACAGUUUGAUUCUGAGGAAAACUAUUCAGAGAGAAAGAGUCCAACAAUCAGUAGUGCCAAAAAAUUCCUGAAAUUUGAUUGAUCGAGGCUUCUCAUCAACACCA